AUGCCUGAGCCCAGUCAAAUAUCAGCAUCGACUUCCUCGUCCUCAGCGUCUUGUCCGAGGACGUAUGAGAUUCUAAGCACUAUUGGCAAGCUUGUACUGCUUGACAUCGAUAACUCGCGAUCCGAUUUCCACUGGAAUGAUUACCUGCUUCCGUAUCACAAGGACCAGUUACCUGAAGACAGCACCGACCCGAGUAAUCCUUGGGACUAUGUCAAUGAUUUUCUAGAGGCCCAGACGAAGCAUAUCGACGAGACCGCACUUACACUACGAUCGAUCCCCCACCAAUUGAGGCUCGAGGGAAGAGACCCACCGCAUAUCCAAGCCUUCGAUAUAACCUCAAUAUUCGAUUAUACUAAGGUACUUGGAACUGGCCGCUUCGGGAAAGUCCAGGCCGGAAGAUUGCGACACGAUGCCACCCAGGACAAUAAAUCUUCUGAAUUGUUCGCGCUGAAGCUCAUGAACAAACCAGCCCCAAGAAAAGUCGGUGGCAAUUCGCCGCGCAGGAGUACUGUCGGGGAGUUCGAGACGGAACUCCACAAUCUCUUGAGAUGCAGACAUUACCAUAUGAUCAAAUUUCAUGCAAGCUUCACAGAUGAAACCUCCUUCUGCAUUGUGAUGUCGCCUGUUGCUGAGUCGACUUUGCAAGGAGUACUGAGUGGCUACACGGAUAGAAAUGAACUACAUAACAGCGCACAUGAUGCUUCACGUAAAGCAUUGACCAAAGCAUUUGGAUGUUUGCUCGAAUCAGUGCGUUAUCUUCACGAUGAUUUGAAAAUAAGACAUCGUGACUUGAAGACGAAGAACAUUCUUAUACAUGACGGUCGUGUUCUAAUUUGCGACUUUGGUAGUGCGUAUGAUUUCGAACCAUCUGACCGAAAGGAGUCGACAGAAGGUGGCCAAGCCGGGACACGAAAAUACAAAGCACCGGAGGUUCUGGAUGAUCUCGGUUUGACACACAACAGUAAAGUGGAUAUCUUCUCGUUGGGGUGUAUAUUUCUUGAGAUCCAUACUGUUCUUCGAGGUGAGACCCUUAGCCAUAUGGCUAGAGAAAUUGCACCAAAUGCCAUUAGUGAUUUCAAUGAACCCUGGACGUAUGCAUCAUCGCUUUCCAAUAUCAAGCCGUGGCUAGAAAUGCUUCGAAAACGUGACAGUAUUGUUCGAUCGGUGAUUCUAGAUGAUUCAAUCGCAAAUAUGCUCCAUGAGGACCGUAGUCAGCGGAAAACCGCUCAACAGCUCUUAAAAGAAGUUCGCGGCACAAAAUUCAUCGGCAGCUGCUGUUUGGAAACUGUCCUCAGACCCCGAACCCCCUGUGCCCCACCGAAUCCACGGAAACCGAUGGGUUAUUCGGAUCCCAGGUCUAUAAAAUCGUUCAAGAUUGGAAGGCGAAAACAAGAUCUUAAAUCCUCCGACCCGCCCCGAUACGGUGAGUACAACUACUCUGUGGACCCAAAUGAAGGUACAGUUGAAAUUCAAGAACGUGUCUCCAACGCACCCUGGCAAACAACUCGCGUGCUGUUUAUUGGAUCUAAUUCACUUCAAGAACAAUAUGCUCGAGAUCUCAGCAAGCUCAUUUCCCGCGAGCCAUUAGAGCAAUCUUCGAUACAUAAAUUGCAAAUUCCAGGCCACAAAGUCCUCACCAUUCAUGAUCUCGACUGGGAUACUGAGAAUGGCAGCGGGCGAUCUCAAAUAAUAUCACUGCUCUAUCCCCUAAGAGAGACGCAGUUUUGGAGAAGGGAAUCGGUCUUCGUACCUCCCAAUACCGAUAUUGGUUGGGCGCUAGAGAACAAUCGGAGUCAUAUCAAAUUCACGAUCAACCCCGUCUGGAUGCCUCACUAUCGGUCAAAUUAUGACUCCGCAUACGAACGACCCGAAGACACCGCCAAAUUCUUCGACGUAGGCUUAUGCGAACGUCGAAAAGGCUUCUCUCUUCAUUUCCAAGCAGACCUAGAUCUGGUCAACCACGACAGGGGACCUGACACAGGUCCAGCACAGGCCCAAGUGCAUGAGCAGGAAAUCAGGCCAUCAAGCCACACAACCCUCCACCAAUUCCUAAAUUUUCUCACCGGCUGGAACCUCCUCGCCCUCUUCUCCACCACCGAGAUCAGGCACACGCCGCGCCACGGACUCUCCUUGCCACUUGGAUGGAAAUCUAGACACAAAAGGCGAGGGGACGUGCUCUGCUUCCAAAGUAAAGACGGUAAGUCAGUCCGAUUGGCUAUCAAGUGGGUGAAUGCGGAAGAAAAGACUGCGGGCUGGACGACGGCCGCGUCGGUGAAAAUUCGAGGUUUCAAAAAUGAAGAGAACGAGCUCAAGCUCGAGCUCGGAACACGGCAGGACGGGAAUCUUUUGGGUCUUGCUGACGUGAGGGCUGGCGGAGGAAAGGUGAGCUUGGAGGAGAGAUCUGAGGUCUGGGUUUUUACUGUUAGGCGUAAUGGAAUGGUGCCGACAGGGCUAGAUGGAUGUGGGUGUAUGCCACAGCUACUGAUUUAA